AUGACAGUAGCGAAGUGGAAUGAUCGACUGAAUUGCCCUGUGCGACUACGACACCGAUCGAAAACCGAAGAGCAAUACGGUAGCCGCAGCGCAGACGUCGAGGCGAGACGGCUACGACGCGUAUCCGAUCGGAUCUGCAUGUGUAAAGCGAGACUUUGGCAGCGGUUUCUGAUUCCUGUGAUCGUCGUCAAUUUCUUGUUCUUCACCUAUCUUGUGGUUAAUCUGAGUAGUUCAUUGGAAGACAGGUUAAUGCUCCAGUAG